GAAACCGCCACAACACAGUUCAGCAAGGAAGAACACUCGUCUGGAAAUGAAAGCUCCGGUUUGUCAACCCCAAAGUAUGAUGGCAGUGAGAAGGCUGACACUCUCAAUGAGGCCCUCGACAAAAUCACCAUGUAUAUGUGUAGCACAACAUGCAAAAAGAACAGGCAACAAAAGGAAGGUGUUUUACUUGGAUGCACUAUAAUGACUGGCCAUCUGUUGAAGAAAUCUCUGAAUAUCUAUGAAAAGCUGGUUAUAAUUUCACUUGAUAAUGAUGGCAUUAUAAUAGUCAAUGCUGCACAGAAUACCAAAUGUGGAUAG